UUAGGGUCAAGAAUUUUCACUUGUCUACGUCGUCAAGACCGGUCAAGACAGGCUCUGAGUUCCACCCAACAUCAUAUACAAUGGGUACCGAGCGGUACCGAGUGCUCUCUCUCCGGUGGUGAAGUAUAAGUAUAUUCGCCAAUAGCCCGUUUCCUCCGGUACCCCGGUAGUUAUGUUCGAAGUGUGUAGGAAGGAACCGUUGCGGAGUUCUGAAGACAUGCUGAAUAUGAGUAACGAAGAUUGAUGUCUAAAAUACGUGUAUUAAAGUAUAUGUGAAGCUAGUGUUAAAGAAAUAUUCCAUAAAUGGAUCAAGAAGAGAUUUUAAUAAAACGCCUAGGGGAGAAGGUUGUUGAUGGUGAGAAAUUGAUGGGGAUCGUGUCCAGCAUGAAUAAUAUAAAAGGAGUAGAGAAACUUAAGAAAAAGAUUAAACAAGAAGUCAGUUUCAUGUUGAAGGUAGUAAAGUCUAAAGAAGCAAAAAAGGAGCAUCUGCUCUGUACAAACCUUCAUCACUUCCAAGCUUUGGUGUCGUGCAUUACUGGAAGUUGCAGCUGUGUUGCUGUACUUGAAACUUUUGUCCUUAAAAAAGCAGAUGGAAUUUUGAAGAGAAUCUGUGUAGAUAUUGUAGCAGAGAAAGGCCAACAGUGGGUCAAAGUAAUUGCACGGAAUCCGAAAGCCUUGUCCCAACUUUCAACAGGUGAGGGGGAAUUUGGACAGCGAAGUAUUGUAGAUCAUGCAGUAGAGUAUCUUGAGUGUGCCCACCAGCAUCCCCAUCUCUUCAAAACUCCCAAGGUUGUGUUUGCAUUUGCAUGUGGUAUUGAAAAGACUUUAGCUGAUCGACUUGCUUUACUGGGUAUUAUUGUGUCUGGCAGAAGACUUGAGAAUUGUGAGUUACCUCUUCAAGAACCUCAAUGUGACAAUAUGCCAACUUGUGUAUCCAAGAACUGUGCAGAUGUAUCAUGCUCCAUGUUAAGUUCAGGAACUGGUUCUGUGAUUGACUGCACCCAUGGUGGUGAGAAGCUGAAUCUUGAUGUUACAGCUAUGCUGGCAUAUGUGUCAGGUUUAACAAAUGGAAGAUGUAACUUUGAGUUCAAGGAACCAAUACUUACCCAACAAGCAGAAUGGGAAAGAGCAAGACCUGUGAAACCAGUGCUGGACCAACUGUUUGAAGGAAAGUCUUUGUUUUGCUGUGAAUCAGCAAUAAAGGACUUUAAGUCCAUUUUGUCAACGCUUGGAGGUCCUGGGGAAGUGGACAGAGCAAAUGAGUUGCUUACCCAUGUCACAGUAGUUCCUGAUAUGGCGUCUGCUCAUGCUGAAGCUCGGCUCAAGUUAGGUGGCAAAAUCAAACAGAGGUCCUUGGCAGUUUUUAGCACUGGUGAUGCUCUUAGAGCUGUUACUGUUUCGGCAAAUGAGGGUUUCAUUCGUGCUGCUAAAUCCCAGGGUGUGGAGUUUGCUGUGUUUCUUCAUGAAUCUCGUGCUCUUACUGAAGGAAAGGAACACGAUGCUAAAGUUCUGGUUCUUCCAUGUGUACAGCAGCUUAGUACAGAUGCUGACAGAAGUUGAUAUACUUCUGUCAAGAUGCAUUUGUGCGUACUGAUACUGAGGAUUCUGAAGAGCACCUUCCACAGUUGGUUUUAUGAAUAUUUUAGUAUUUUUUAAAUUUGGUCAGCCAUACAGAUGAAACCUUGCAGUUCCGGUGUUUCAUAAUAGACCUUUGCUUUCUGUGCAUACUUGUGACCAAAUAUGAGUGUUUCUUCCAGUCAUGAUCCCAUUAAGCUAGUAUAGGUGUGCAGCGUUAUAUGACCACUUCUUCAUACAUUUAAAAGAUCCUGCACAAAGACUGGCAAUUUCUUACAAUUUUCAUCAGCUUAGAGUUAGCCUUGUUUUGUAUGUCUUAUAGUUUGUAACCCUGUGACAUAAUCUUCAGUUGGUUUUCUUGUUCAUUCCCUGUUUUAAAAUUUAGCAGUUGAUUUAAGCCUCUCUUUUGAUGUUAGCACAGUUUUCUUCCAGCUUUCAUAGGGUUUCUAAGUUAACGAUCAGUUCUGCAGUAUUGAGCACACUUCAUAAUAGCAAAACCAACAAACAGACUGCCUGGAAGCUAUAUACUGACUUUGAGAAGCGACUGUGUACAGCAGUGUAUAGUAGCAGCAGUUUCUGGUGUAAUGGAGAAACCAAUUUUUGCUAUUUCCUACUCAGCUGCACUGUCUCUCAAAUGGUUCACAUAUUGCCAAUAGGUCAUGACUGCUUUUUAAAAUUACUCCAAUAUCUUAACUACAACUAAUGUAACAGGAGGAGUAUUUCUGUAACAACUGCAAUUUUUGUGUGACACAAACAGCAGUGAACAGGCAUUGUUUCCGGAUUAUGAUGUUAUGUCAUGGAAGGAAAUCACAGUUCUCUUCUGAUAGUGCACCUGUUUAUCAUCUGCACAGACCAGUGGCUGAACCUGAAGUGACUGAUGUCACAGAAGAGUAGGUACUGGUGACAGAGUCACUCCCCAGCUUCCUUACUAACUUAUGUCUUGUGGACACAGUCCAUCUGUCCCCAUUGCUUCCAGCUCAGAGCCUUUCAACGUGCAUCACCAGAAAAACAUGGAAACAGUUUUACCUUUGGUUUCCCAUUCCCCUGUUACCAUAAGACUGUCUCUCCUUUUUCAUUCCAAACCACUCUGCUGGUUACUCAAAAUGAAUGAAUGAUGAAAGCCUAGUUGACAGAUGUCUGCAUUUGUAGAAAUGUAUUAUUACAUAGAACAAAGGAAAAAAUCGCACACAGAUACACUGAUUACAUGUAAAUCAGAUAAUCCAUUGCUGAAUAAUCAGG